AUGCGACUCGCCCGCUUGAUAGUGUACGUCCUCAGUUGCGAAGGGUUGCUGGCGCUGACGGGUAUCUUGGCUUUGGCGCUGUGGCUAUAUUAUGAGCUGUGUUACGUCGCGCUUGUAUGCCCUUACUAUACGGGAUCUGAGCUGCCUUCUCUCCUCAACAGGUUCCGCACCAUUGGCAAGACAUACCGACCGACGUUCUACAUGUUUGCGCCCUACUGUCAGUGGCUCUACUUGUCCUGUUUCUGCAAGAUCAGCCGCCGAUACCGCAUUCUGCUCGACACAGCUGCCGAGGCUAGUUCGCGGUCCAUUACCUUUUGCGCGAAGGUUGGCAGCUCUAUAUUGCGCGCAGUACUACGCUCCUUCCUCUUCAAGCGGAUAUUCCGGGCUCAGGCAGAGGUGACGGUUCGCGAAUUCGUGGAGGCGCACAACGGCGCCAUUGUUGUGCUGGACUACUACCUGCCUCGGUGGGCCGCCAACUUUUGCUCUAACUGCGGGAAGUUCAAACAGCAACGCUGGUGGUGGACGGGUGCUUCACGAUCGAAGGCGACUAAUGUGGGAUCCACAUAUCCGCAGACGGAUGAGACGGAGUUGGUCCGACCACGUGUGGUCGAUACGCAACUCGAAGCCCCCAACCUGCAUGACCACCGGUCGAACGAAGGAGCGCAUCACGAUGAUGCGCCUCUUCACAUUUCGAAGGAUCUCCUGAAGUCGGCCAACCUGGAUGGCAGCGCGCGCUCAUCAGAUCGUGAGGAUACACUGGACGAGUUCACGUCGUCGGGCAAGUCGGCACAGCCCUCCGAUCCGAGGAUUACCGAGGAUGCGGUUGGGCCUCCUCGAAAACUCCUCCGCGGAGUUAUCGCAAUCAUUGGGGACGUGAGCAUGUCGUACAGCGUCUGUAAUCAGGCAAUCAACUGUCACUGCGGGGAGCCCGUAAAUGCGGAUGAAGAAACGGGUCCAUGUGCGUGUACAGGGUGUGAAACAUCCGAACUAGAAAACAGCAAGGGGCUAAAUGUGGAUCCUCCAGGUCUCCCCGUUGUGCGCUGCCUUAUUAGUGAUGCACUGGAGGUAGGUUUCGCAUGCGUGCAGAUUCACCUGAACGUGAAUCUCGGCAUGGCCAGCGAGGCGUUUCCCACAUGGACGGGUCUGCGUUGCUUUCCAGUGACGUUGUACAGUGAUGCGCUGCUCGACCUGGACAGUGGUCUCAAGCGCAUCACUGAACGCUACCCCAGUCUCCCACUGUGCUGCAUCGGAGUAGGCUUCGGUUCGAACAUAUUGAUGGAGUACAUGUCCCUCGGCUCCGCAGGCAAGGCCGUUCCAGUUCUGCGUGACCCGUCGCAAGAUCAACAAAAACCCCUGAGCCAUGUGGGCGACCGGAGGUACACCAUGAUGAGGCGUGGCCAAUCAACGGACCAGUACGAUAGCAACGAUUCGCGGAGCGACAGUGACACCGAGUCGCGCAUAUCUAAAAGGUCUAUUGAGCGCCGGACGACGCACACAGCAGCCAAAGCUCCUGCGAAAGUUACCCAGGAUGCUGCCGAGCAAGACUCACGUGUCAGCUCGUCGGCAAGGUUGCCGCAUACUGGCGACUCUCCUGUUUCAGAUCCUCGUCGCAUGUCAGAGCCCCUUAAAGCGGCCGGAAGACACACGCUUAAUCCGACUGCACCCUCUCUAACACAAGACAUGCAGCAAAUCCUACAUAAUCCAGAUGACCCCAACUACGAGUCGUUCGCGUACCUCAGCCAGGUGAUUGGGAAGAUCAACGCGACAACGGGCGCCACCCCUAACCCCGUUGUGCCCGCCGCCGCAGCAACGGGCCCGAUAGUGACCCCGAGGGAGGAUCAUUUCCGAUUUGACGAAGAGGCUGAGGAAUGCACGUACGAGACAAGCGUGGCGUACCCCCCUGCCCAGGCAAGAGAGGUGGUGUUUGACACCAAACGCAUCUCCGCGGCAGUAUGUGUGAACCUGAACCUACGUGCUAGUGGUAAUGCGCUGUACAAGACGACAAGGCGGCGCCAGAUACACAACCAGAGCAUGUAUAUCCGCCACUGCUUCGCCGCCUUUAAGCACCAGCUCAUCGCACUCGUUAGGGAGGUGCACUGUCAUCGAUCAAAUGCGUCUCUGCAGAAGGAGUGCUACAACUACCGUUGCUGCCACUAUACACGUGCAGUGGCACGACAGCCGUGGUCCCGUCGCGUCCUGCUCGGGCUGCGCCAGCCCGUCGAGGGGUUCCACGCGAUCGCAAGGCAUUACCGGAUCGAGCACCUUUUGCUGGCAGCUCACCGCGAGUAUCGUAUGUCCUACCGCCACAUGCGGCGGCGGGAGUCGGGCGAGUACGUGAACUACCAUACGGGGAUUUUCAAACGCUUCGGCGCCCGGGCCGCCACCGAUUUUAAGCUGUGCGCGCUAAUGACCCUCCGCUACGUCUACAGCAACACCGGUCAUGACAACCGAGGUCGCGUAGAAACGGUGUCGGGUAGUCCGACGUACAAGCUUGUGAACAAGCGCAUUGACACGAACCUGCGCAUCGGUAGGGCCCACUUCUACGGCGGCAUCAACAAGCUGAUAAACCAGAGCAGCCGGCGACCACAGGACCCGAAGGUUUACAAGUAUGUCGCAGAGUUGAUUAAUCGUGAGUACACUCGGAACGUGGCGAACAUCCGUCGCUACUUCACCGCGAUCACCCUGCCAACCCUGCUCCUAUCUUCGCUGGACAACUCGGUGUUCUCGUGGGAGGAUGUAGACAUCUUCGACGUGAUAAAGAACCCCAACAUUGUGUACUACAUAUGCAAGAGUGGUGGGUAUGCGACGUUUCUGUCGGGUUUCUUCCCAAAUACGUGGCUUACUCGGCCCAUCCUUGAGUUCCUUGACGAGAUGUCGAGUCGCCGAGUGCUGAUAUGA